AUGACAGAACCUGCAUCUUGCAGCCAAAGGACUAAGAAGAAAAAGUCGCCGACUCUUGGUGAAAUAACAAUUGGAAUUGAUAUUGGCACAUCACCAUGUAGUAUUUCUAUAUGGAAUGGUUUCGAAAUAGAGGUUUUCAAAGAGACGUUAAAAGAGAUGAUUAAGAGUCCACGUGAAGUUUUCAAAGACGACGCCUUUUCUAUUGGAGUUAGUAGUGAAGUCACACUCUCCAGUGAGCACGAGGAUACACUUUUCAAAUUGAAACGCUUGUUUGACAUAGUUGAUAGUGAUUCUGCAGUCUAUAAGAGUGUCGAUUUCCCAUUUCUGAUGCAUACAUUGGACAUUAAGGUUCACCCUUUUAUUGCUGCAUUUGUGAACAAAGUGUGGAGAUCAACAACUGCAGUAGAACUCCUUGAAAAGUUUCUGGUGGAAUUAAGAUUAAUGGUUGGUGCUCAGCUGAAAAGACCUAUAAGAAAUGUCGUGUUUGCAGUUCCGGUUUCAUUCAGUCGAUUGCAGCUAUACCGGAUACAUUGCGCCUGUGCAAAGGCCGGUCUAAAAGUUAUCCGAACGAUGCCUCAACCAACAGCAGUCGCUUUGCUGUAUGCACUGGACCAUUCGGUCAGUGAAAUCAGCAAAAUGGCUCUUAUUUUCAAUAUGGAUUCUGGUUACUGUGAUGUUGCUGUUACUGCUAUAGCAGCAGGAAAAUGCAGAAUAAAAGCCCUGACUGGAAGUUCUAUUGGUGGAGAAGAUUUGCUUGGAAAUAUGAUAUGUCAUCUCGUACCUGAUUCUGUAAAUAGAAUCAAGAAACGUAUUCACGAGGACACAGAAAUUAAAUCAAUGGCUCUUCUUCGAUGUACAAUUCAGGAAGCGAUUACCCGGCUUUCGUCUCAGACAAGUGUUGAGGUUGAUUUAGACAUGGGAGAUGAUUUGAAGAUACACAAGGUUGUAACGCGGGAGCAGUUUGAGGAAGUAAACAAAGAGGUGUUUGACAAGUGUGAAAGACUAAUCAUCCAAUGUUUACAUGAUGCAAAGGUAGAAGUUGAUGAUAUAAAUGAUGUGAUAAUUGUUGGUGGAUGUUAUAAUAUACCAAAGGUGAAAAAUCUUGUUACCAAAAUAUGCAAAAGAAAGGAACUUUAUACAUAUAUCAAUCCUUUCGAAGGUGCAAUUUAUGGUGCAGCUGUAGCAGGAGCCAUUGCUUCAGGCAUUAGAUUUAUGUAUGGGAAGUUGCAGCUGUUUGAUUUUCAUGCUACACUUGUUGCCAUAGGAAUUCGUGCGAAUGGAAACAACUUCGUACCUGUAAUUCCGAGGAACACAUCGUUGCCAACAACAAGGCACGUAGCUUGCACUACAAUUCAUGAUAAUCAAAAUGCAGCGUUGAUCGUUGUGUACGAAGGCGAGGGACAGAAAGCUGAAGAAAACCAUCUUUUGGGAUAUUUCAAAAUAACAGAAAUACCAGAAGCAUCAAAAGGAGUUCCGGAGAUCAAUGUCUGCAUGGAGAUAGACCGCGAAAACAGGCUGACAGUUACUGCUUCUGUUUGGAUGCCUGGAGCUCUACAAUCUGCAAUUCCUGUUAGUGUAGCAGGGAUGACAAAGUUUGCUGGUGAACAACAUGCUUGGUCUGCUGAGUCACUUAUUAGAAGAUAUGGUGAUUCAAUGGAUUUGGUUACUCUCGUCAACUAG